GCGUGUAUACUAAUAGUUGUCUUGAUCUGGUUCCGAUAUAAUAUAUCACCUACCUGUACCUACCAAUAUAAUAGGUACCCGCGACAAUGGAUAGGUUGAGAAAAUAUUCGACGAGCGAAGCGAAAACUUUACAAUACAUAUACGAAUUCCUACUGUCCAAUAACAUGACGAAGACUUCGGCUUGUUUCAUCGAAGAAUGCCACAAAUUGAAUAUGCCAGCGCCGGUUUUUGCUGCCCAAUCGACCAAAAUUUGCAAUAAUAAUUCGGUCCAUCUGUCUAAGGAUCGAGCUGCGACCAUUAUACAAUCUUUUAAAUCUGCGUCCAGGUUAACUUUUAUGAAGACUUGGGGUGAUUUACCCGACGAGAUAAAACAGAUCGACGAGUAUCGAAAACUGACGUUUUACCUUCACGUCUACUACACCAUACUGGAAUGUAAAAAACGUGUCAACAAAUCGGAAAACUGCAGUGACGAUAAAUGCGACGAAAACAACGAAAGUUCUAUGGGCGCUUUUCGCACUUUCCUGCUCCAGAGAGGUGCUGAGUUCAGUACUGAAAACGAAUUUUUACCGUACUUUGCACUGCCAUACGUGUUCGAACCGAUGCAACACCCUUCGUUUAAAAAUUUGUUUAAAGAAAAUCGAUGGUGUGAUUCACUAAACAAAAGAUUGGAGGACUUUAUUUUGGACAUCGCUAUUAGCACGUCGAUGACAUUAGUGCCCAGCAGAGAUGCGGGAAAGCGAAAAUUGACGAAAAAAAAAUUUAAAACGCUGUACAAGGAAUACAAACCUCUAAAUGCUUUGGCAGCCGAACUUUUGAACGCUUUGGAAAAUUCGAUUCGGGGACAAUCGAUUAAUUUGGAAAUUAUUUUAAAAAAUUGUAAUGCUGUGGUGGAAAACAACGACGACAAUGAACAAAAUUUAGAAAUUGCUGACGACCAAUUCGAUUUGUCCAUUUUUAAAAUCAAACUCGAACUCCGGGAUGGUAACAGUACCAAGAACAAAUUACUUAUCUUACAAGCCUUGCGUUGGAGGUUGACAAAAUCGGAAAACAGAACCGAGACGGUAGUGAUGAUAAAAAAAUACGAUCUAUUGGAUUUGUGCAAGCCCAAAGCCGAACAAGGACUCAUGAAAUGGCUAAUGAUGACAAACGGGCCGCAUCCGCUACAACAAAUGAUAUCGAGACUGCUGAAUGCCCUGGCGUCAUUCAACAGGGGCCGCAAGUAUUUGGCGGACUCUCCAUUUUUACUCCGUCUAAUCAUAACUCAGCUCAUAUCGUCGCAACACUUUUGGGACACGAUCACGAGCAACAUGUUGUUGGGAACGUUACAGAAGCUCAGUAUGGGAUCGCGAAUACGAAAACGGAUGAUCGGAAACGGUCUGACCACUUGGCUGGCCGACCAGCUGGUUCGGAAAAGCGAAUUCACCGGCGAUCGGAACAAAUACGAGAUGUACGAUCUGGAAUAUAGUCUGGGGCUGUUCAUGAACCUCUGCCAAUGCCAGACGGCCGUCCGGGCUUGUGGCUCGCGUGCCCGCAACCUGUUCAAGAGCUUGGGAGUUUUCAUGACGACGUUAGACGUGGAUAUCAUGCCAUGCAUAUCUGGUAUCUUGUACAAUAUGUUCAAAAGCCCGGAGAUGAUGGUCGUGGCCAAAGAAGAAGGAAUGACCGGCAUCGUCGAAAAAACGAUCGAGAGCAACAUCAACGCGUACCCUUCGGCGGUCGAGCGGUUAGUGGAUGUGAGGAACAUGUUGUUACAAAAUGAGCAUCCGGCUUUCGAUCAGUCGUCAUCGGAUGAUGAAUACGAUUAUUUCAACGAUGACAGUGGUGACGAUGAGGAUGACAGUAGUAAUUCCGACGAAGAUGACGAUGACGUCGACAAUUUGGAGCCGGAACUGGACGAAGACGAUCCACUGAAGAUUCAGCCCAACGGUGAAGAUUUUCUGGCCAACUACAAAACAUGUAACAACACAAAGCAUACAACUUCAGAUCGAUACAAUAAUAACAAUAUAUUAUUAUGAUAAUUAAUAAUGUGUCAUUCGGCCAAAUUCCGUCGCGUGAUAAACGUAUACGUAACUCAAUGUCUCAAUAUAUUAUAUUCUCAAUACACACGCAUUAUAAUAUUAUUAUUUAUUUAUUACAAUAUUAUAAUAUACUAAUGAGCAUAAUUUUACCUCAGACCUCGGUACGAUAUUAUAUAAUGAUAUAAUAGACUUUGUUAUUAUCGAUAUGAUCGAACACGAACAAUUUUAAAUUGAAUUUUGAUUAAGCAAAUAUAAAUUAAUAUAUUGAUAUGUUGAUACAUUUUUUAUAUGAACGAUAGAAAUUAUAUUUUUGUUACAUUGUCUAACAUUGUAUAAUAUUAAUUAAUCAAUAGAAGGUUGU